AUGUCUGAAUCUAACAAUGAACCAAAAGUCACUCAAGUAACUGAUGAUUCUACAAAUAUAAAAAGUAAAGAAAAAUCUUCGAAAAAAUCUUCAAAGACUACUUCUUCUGAAGAUAGUGAAAAGAAGAAAAAGAAAAAAUCUAAAAAACCAAAAAGUUCAAAUGAGGAAGGUUCUACUGAUAGUGGCCUUGCUACUCCAGAUGCCAAAGGUGAAGAUAAACCAAAAAAGACUAAAUCAAAAAAAAAGAGUAAGAAAGAUGAUUCCACUACUGCUGUAGAAGGUGAAACUAAAGAGAAAAAGAAGAAAUCUAAAUCAAAGAAGGAUACUACGAAAUCCUCUAGUUCCGAUAAUACUCCUGCUACCUUGGAAGAAGGUGAAACUAAACCAAAAAAAUCGAAGGCUAAGAAAGAAAAGAAAACAAAGGAAUCUUCUGUUGAUCCUACUACUCCUGUCCCUGAAGAAAAACCAAAGAAGACUAAAACUAAACAAGAAAGAAAAAAAACUAACGCACCAGCUGCUUCUAAUGGUGCAGUUAACUCUCCAGAAGAAAUCCCAGAAGCUAUUAACAACAUUGAAAUCCCAAGAGAAACUUUCGAUGAAUCUCAUAAUGCUCCAACGGGGGGGAAACAAAUAGAAGUUAAAGACGGUUUAAAACUACAUGGUAGAGUAGAUUAUGGUACUAAAGGUACUAAAGUUGAUGUCCUUACUAACCAUAUCCUUUUGGCUCGCGGUGAUGACGUCACUAACAGUCAGCAAGCUGAAACCGAUCCAUGGUGGAAGUCUGCUUUUAUUUACGCUUACCAUAUUGAUUUCAUUACUCCAGUUGCUCCUGAAAGUAAAGGUCCACGUAAACCUCCUCCUCCAGCACCACUUUCUAAACCAAAAAAGUUUGAAUUGAUCGACGCUUUAUUCCAUGAAGAUGAAACUUUAUUCAAAUAUAAGGAUCGUAUUGCUUUCAACGGUGAAGAAACGUUAUACUCUCAUGUUCCAUUAGAAGAAUUCACAUUAUUCAAAGGUUGUUGGGAUGUUAGCAACAAACAAAAGAACAAGAUUAAGAUUGCUCCUUCUCAAAGUGAUGUCUAUAAUUUAACUGAAUUGACUUCUCAAAUCAUUCUAAAGUUUGUUUCAAAGGUUAAUUUGUCCGAUAUUUACAAAGGGACUCUAAAUAGAGACCCAGAAUUCCAAGAAGCUAAGAUGUCUGCUCCAGAAAAGACAGUAUUAUUAUCUUUAUUAGGUGUUAAAUUCUUGCAAACUAAGGAUCCAAUUUUCCAAUUACAAGGUAACAAAUUUUUUAUUUUCAAUAAGCAUGCUAUCACUACUCCUUUCCAAAUGGGUGCAUAUUUGAUGCAUGGUUUCACUGUUUCUUUAAGAUACACUUAUGGUGCUGUUUUACUGAACAUUGUUAACGUUUGUUUACCAUUCUACAAGCAUACUAAAUAUUUACCAAAUGAUGCUAAGUUCAAUGAAAAUUCUAAGACUAAAUAUUCUUUAUUAGAUUGGAUCAUCGAAUGUUACAUUCAAGAUAAAGAAUCUAGAGGUCAAAAGUUUACUGGUAAGGUCACCUCCAAUGAUAUCAACUUCUUCAUUGACAAGAACAGAGAUAUCAAGGAAUUAUUGAAGGGUCUAAAGGUUAACAGACCUUACAUCAACUACAGUGUCGAUGCUGAUGGUAAGUCAAAGGAACCAUCUAAGAUGAUUAAGCCAAAGGGUAUUGUUGGUUUCGUUAGAGAAACUGCCAACUCUUUGAAGUUCAGAGCUUUUCCAAGUGCUAUCAACAACACAGCCCCAAAAGAUGAUGAAAAGGAAAUUAUGAUCAACACUAACAGUUACUUCGAAAAAAAAUACAAAAUCAAGCUGCAAUAUCCAGAUGUUAAAUUAGUCAGUCUCGGUGGUAGAAAUGUUGUACCGGCCGAAUGUCUAUCGAUCAUUCCAGGUCAAAAAUUGAAGGGCCAAGUUAGAGAUGAAGUCGCUGUUAUCAACUUCACUGCUUUGAGACCAGUCGAUAAAUUCAAGGCUAUCACCAACUUGGCCUUACCAUCUAUCAGAGAUGCUUUAACUACUGAAGAAGAAAGAGCUAAGGCUCCUCAUGACACUAGUUACUCUUUCCUAAGAGUUCCGUCUCGUGUUAUCGAUGCUCCUGUUGUACAAUUCAAGAGUUCUACGGUGGAAUAUACUGAUAAACCUUUUGGUGCUAAGGCAGUCAAUGGUAAGAAUAGAAACGAAGAAACAAAGGGUAACUGGGAUUUGAUCGGUCACAAAUUUAUUAAUUCACCAGAAAAGACUGUUAACUUGAGAGCUGUGUUUGUCAAUGACUCUGACAGAACUCCACCAGUGUCUGUCAUGGAAGAAUUAAAGAAAUCUUUGACCAAAUUCGCCAAGGAUGUUGAAUCUGUUGGUGUCAAAUUCGACGUCUCCGCUGAUCCGAUUUUAAUUAACGACUUUGGUGCUCCACAAAAGAAGUUUGUCGGUGGUGGUAGUCGUGGUGGAGGUCGUGGUGGCCGUGGUGGUCGUGGUCGUGGUCGUGGUGGUCGUGGUGGUUUCGGUGGUCGUGGUGAAGCUAUCUUUGAAUUGUCUCCAGGUGAAGAAGCUCUUGACCACUUAUUACAAAAAGUCCCAGAAAAUACUUACAUUGUUUAUGUUUUGAACCGUGGUAGUAACUCUGAUGUAUACAACAGAUUGAAGUACUUGUCUGACUUGAAAUAUGGUGUCAUUAACUCCUGUGUUGUUUGGAAUAAAUUCAAGAAGAACUCUACACAAUAUAAUGUCAAUGUUGUUAUGAAGAUGAACCUAAAGAUGGAAGGUAUUAACCAUUCUUUGAGUAAAGAAGAUGCUACUCUAUUAAUCGAUGAAAUCACUGGUCUACCAUUCAUGAUCCUAGGCGCUGAUGUUACACAUUAUCCAGAAGAAGAUCAGAACUCCAUUGCUGCUUUGGUUGCAUCCUUCGAUGAUAAAUUUGCUCAAUUCCCGGGUGACUACUUGUUACAAAAUGAACCAGGUGAAGAAAUGAUUGCUGGUAUUGGUAGUUUGUUGAGAGAUAGAUUGGUUCUAUACCAAAAACAUAACAAUGGUAAGUUACCUCCAAAGAUCUUAUUCUACAGAGAUGGUGUUUCUGAAGGUCAAUUCACUCACUUGGUGAACAUCGAAGUAAAGAAUUUGAAGGAAGCCGUUAAAAAGGUUGGUACCUCUUUGAAUAAAGGUGCUCCAUAUAAUCCUCCAAUGACCGUGCUAGCUGUCGUUAAGAGAAACCAUAUCAGAUUCAUGCCAUUACAACAAAACGCUUUGAAUGAAAAGGGUGACGUUGCUGCCGUUCAAACCAUGGGUAACGUUAUGGCUGGUACUGUUGUUGACCGUGGUGUUACAUCAUCUGCUCAUUUUGAUUUCUUCUUACAAUCUCAACAAGCUUUGGAAGGUACUGGUGUUCCAUGUCAUUACUGGUGUAUUUACGAUGAAAAUCAAUAUUCAUCUGAUUACUUACAACAAGUUACGCACAGUUUAUGUUAUAUUUUUGGUAGAUCUAGCACCAGUAUCAAGGUUGCAAGUCCCGUCUAUUACGCCGAUUUAUUAUGUGACCGUAGUGCACAAUUCUUCAAAGCUAACUUUGCCCUUGCGAACUUUGAAUUUUCUAAGGUCAGAAAGAAUAAAGACGACGUUAUUCCAGGGGCCAAAUUAUUACCUCCGGUUAGUAAUAAGGUUAAGGAUAUUAUGUACUAUAUCUGA